AUGAAAAGAGAGACAUACCAUUUCGGCCCCACCUCCAACCUUGGUUUGAACCCUAGGUGUCUAGCACUCGGCUUCAAUUCAAUCACAUGGCUCUCUAGAAUUGGUCUUGGUCCAAACUUGGGUGCUCAAACCCUAUCAAGUCCAAGCCCCGGUCCUAGCUCACUUACUAGUCCUCGCUAUAAUCCCGUACACUCUAGACCUCACUAG